AUGGUUAGUGCGAUAAUGCUUCAUGCACGCACUAGCUAUAGUCAUGCAUUCUUUCAAAACAUCGAUACCUUCGUGAUUAGAUCGUUUAGUUGUUUCAAAAAAUUCGUUCCUAAAUGCCACAAGAGCACACAUCAAAAUCUCAACAUCGUUAGUGCAAUAACUAGCGAGAGCUUCAUCUAAUAGAAAGGGAUUUUCUUUAUUCUUCUCAAACCAUGCAUCAAAUUCCUUUCUUUUUGUGGGCAUCAUACCAGAGGCCAUAUAAUCUUCCUUAGACAAGUAUAUCUUUUUCCCAUAAUUUUCCGGACGAUUG